AAUAAAAUUCCAUGAUGCCUUGCCAAAGCAAUUAAAUUAUUUCAAGACUGCUUUACAUAACUCGAAGAGAAGCUCAUCAACCUCUUCGAUUGGGGAGAAGCACCUUCCAAUGUGAAACUCGUUUUUCGGAUGUUUAGUCCAAUUUUUGCGAUUGGAUCACCAUGAACGACGACGAUAGUUGCUGUCGUUUCACUACGUUACUAUGGUGUGGCCUCGUUCUAAGCUGGAUCACGUUGGUUCAAGGGCAGCAACGAAUCGCCGAGUUAAAGUGCAAUGAUUACAUAGAGCUGAAUACCGAAACUUCAAUAGCUGCUAGUCUGAGCUUGGAUCCCGAGCUGACUGUUUACAAACGAACCAAUUGCUCCACCUCCAUCGAUUUGAUCAUCAAUGGAGAGGAUGCCCUUGUUGGAGAAUUUCCGCAUCAAGCGCUGCUUGGUAGACCGAAGAAAAAAGCCAAACCCUACGAGUGGGAGUUCUACUGUGGCGGAUCAUUGAUAAGCGAGUGGUUUAUUCUCACGGCAGCGCACUGCCCUCGUCCGACGAUUGUUCGCUUGGGAGAACAUGAUCUUCGCGAACCAACUUCCGACGAGGAGGACUUCCACAUUGAGGAUUACGUCAAACAUCCAAAAUAUACUGGGUUGCGGUCCUAUUACGACAUUUCGCUGGUGAAAUUGGACAGGCAGGUGGAAUUCCAUUCGCUGAUACGCCCGGCUUGCCUGUGGACUAAAGAUCCGUUCAACAUGAGUGCCGUGGUGGCAACCGGAUUUGGUACGACUGAGUUCGGUGUCGUUAACAACUCUCCGGUACUUUUGAAGGCCAUCCUGAAUGUAAUGGAGCAAGCAACGUGCCAGCAAAAGUAUAUCGGUUAUAGAAAGUUCACCGAAGGCAUUAAACCGGAACAGAUGUGCGUCGGAAGUAAGAAAGAGGGAAAGGAUACCUGUAAUGGUGACUCAGGCGGUCCGAUUCAAGUGGCGACCGAUGUGAACACCUGUGCUUACUACAUCGUGGGGAUAACGUCCAGUGGGGGUACAUGUGGAAUAGGAACGACUGCCUCGGUUUACACCAAGGUGGCAAGCUACUUGGACUGGAUCGAAGAAAUGGUUUGGCCUGAUGAGUGGUCAGAAAGACAAUACCAGAGUGAGGAAGUUUUGUUUUCAUACGACAGCGAGGGAUUUUAUAGUGCAGAUACGAAGUAAAUUACUCGUUACAAAAAAUCUAAUGAAAUGGGUGAAUCAACCUCACAAUUUUUGAAUGAUCAUCUUAAUAUAUUAUUACAAAAAAUAUUACCAUAUAGCUUGAACUAUAAUUAAAACCAAGAAGCUUUUCCUAGCUUAUUUUGUGUUGCCUCCAAGUCAUCGUUCAAAAUGUAUUAAAAUGAAUUUAAGAAAAUAAAAAGAAAAAGCUCCUGACAGAACUGACAUAACAAAACAUGUAGAGUAAUGCGGGGCAAAAGUUCGCACCUAACAGACUUCACAAAAUAACUAUUAAUCUAAAAGAAAAUAUUAUCGUUGUUCUUCGUUAAACGGGUCCUCAUCAUGUUGCCUUCAAAACGUAGUACUAGAUUUUUUCGCAUUCCUUUUGUAGUUUUAGUAAUACAAUUUUCAAUAAAAGUACUCAAAUGCGAACUUUUGCCCCAUAGUGGGGGCAAAAGUUCGCAUUAUGCGAGGCAAAAGUUCGCACCUUGUACAGGGUAGUUUAUUGGUGUGAUGUUCAUUUAUUUCAUGUUAAUUCAUGUUCGUCUUUCCAAUCUAGCCAUGAAAUCUAUUUCUUUCUGUUCUUGGCAUUACGGUCCAACUGGAAUACGACCUGAUGUCCAGCAUUUGUAUAGAGUGUGUUUUAUGACGACUUCCACAACUUUUAACUAAGAGCUGUCCUUUCCAGCGUUACUGUAGUUGUCAAAAUACAUUGUGGGGUAAUCAUAGAGAGACAUGUUGCACAAAAUACAUGAAAAAAAAUCUAAUAUACAGCAAAACUGUUGAACGGGACCGUAAUCGAAUCUUAUCCCCGUCAGUA